AUGGCUGAUUUCCUUUUGAAGCAUUUGGGAGAUGGAAAUGAGAGCCCCAAGCUAUUUCCUUCUUCUCUUCUGGAUAACACAAAAGAUUACCAAGUGAAAAAAAGAUUAGGGAAUGGAAGUCAGUACAAGGAGAUUACCUGGUUAGGCGAGAGCUUUGCGCUUAGGCAUUUCUUUGGGGAUAUUGAUGCUUUGCUUCCUCAGAUUACUCCAUUGCUAUCUCUUUCACACCCAAACAUUGUAUAUUACCUCUGCGGAUUCACGGAUGAGGAGAAGAAAGAGUGUUUCUUGGUCAUGGAACUGAUGAGGAAAACCCUUGGAAUGCACAUCAAAGAGGUAUGUGGUCCUAGGAAGAAGAACACUCUCUCCCUCCCGGUCGCGGUUGAUCUGAUGCUUCAGAUAGCUUUGGGUAUGGAAUAUCUUCACUCGAAGAGAAUAUACCACGGAGAGUUGAAUCCAUCAAACAUUCUUGUCAAACCAAGAAGUAACCAAUCCGGAGAUGGGUAUCUGCUUGGGAAGAUUUUUGGGUUCGGGUUGAAUUCUGUCAAGGGAUUCUCUAGUAAAAGUGCUUCUUUGACGAGUCAGAAUGAGAAUUUUCCAUUCAUAUGGUAUUCUCCAGAAGUUCUAGAGGAGCAAGAACAGAGUGGAACUGCAGGAAGCCUUAAGUAUAGUGAUAAAUCUGACGUGUAUAGCUUUGGGAUGGUUAGCUUUGAGCUUCUGACAGGUAAAGUACCAUUUGAAGAUAGCCACCUGCAAGGAGAUAAGAUGAGUAGAAACAUUAGGGCCGGGGAGAGACCGCUUUUUCCAUUUAAUUCACCAAAGUUCAUAACAAACCUGACAAAACGAUGCUGGCAUGCUGAUCCCAAUCAGCGUCCAACUUUCUCAUCGAUAAGCAGAAUUCUCCGGUAUAUCAAACGGUUUCUAGCUUUGAACCCGGAAUGUUACAGUAGUAGCCAACAAGACCCGUCCAUUGCGCCUACUGUGGAUUACUGCGAGAUCGAGACAAAGCUAUUGCAGAAGCUUUCUUGGGAAUCUACAGAGCUAACCAAAGUUUCACAGGUUCCUUUUCAAAUGUUUGCAUAUAGGGUUGUGGAACGGGCAAAAACGUGUGAAAAGGAUAAUCUCCGGGAACCAUCGGAAUCAGGAAGUGAAUGGGCUUCGUGUAGCGAGGAUGAGGGUGGGGCAGGAUCAGAUGAGCAGUUGUCAUAUGCCAAGGAAAGAAGAUUGUCAUGCUCCUCAAAUGAUGUUGGUAUGAGCAAGAAGCAGGUUUCAAAUCUUCUGAAAAGAGCUUCUAGCCUGAAACCAAUUCAAAAACCAGGUGAGAUUAUCAUCAGCCAAUAUAUAUAUAUAUAUAUAGGCUCCCUAACAAAUAUGAACUUGGUUACUUGUACUAAUUUUUUUGUUUUGUGUCACUAG